UGUGUGCCAGAGAGUCUUACUCAGAGGGAUGAGUGUAGAUUGAAGUUGUAAGGGUGAGAUAGAAGGUGUGUGUCACUUAUAGCAAGAGAGGAGGAGGGAGGGAGUUGGAGAGAUCAAGCAAGCUGGAGAGAGAGAAAGAGAGCUCACUCACAGGGAGUUAGAGGGAGAGAGAGUAAAGAGGCGUUUAGAGAGUGAGAAGGAGGAGAGGCAGGAAUAGGAUGAAGGGAGGGAAGGCUGAGCAGUAGAGAGGAGAAAGAGACUCGCAGUCUCAAAACUGGAUAUUCCAACGUGCCUGCUGCUGCCUGAUCCAAUGAGUAAACUCUCUGAUACCUGCUACCCAAAGGCACCCGGUGAGGUGAGUGGCGCUUCAAUCGUAAAGAAUCAACAGUGAUCUGACAGUGAUGCUGUGUAGCAGCAUCCCUCUCUGUCUGCCCCCCUCAUUCUCCCGUGAGGCCCAUGUGACCUAACCUACACCCACACACAGGGGGCCCCCAGUGCCGCUGGAGCCCACCCAUGAAUCCCAGCCCCGACCGCGGCAAAGAGUGCCUCCCUCCCAAAAAAAGGGAGUCUCGUCAAGGAUCGUCAGAACACAACUUCCCUCUGGAUGAGUUUAAACCCCCUGUGCCACUCCGGAGUCGGUCCAGUACAGGGGGAGGGGAGGGAGGCAGGGAGGCCAGCGACAGGGACCGAACUCUGAUCAACCCAAGCCCCCAUCUCCUACAUACUCCUCCACCCCUUCCUGCUCCAGCACCAGGCCUCGCCCUGCCUCUACCAUGGCACCUGGGCUACUCUCCCUCUGUCUCCCUCCCCCUUUUUCCAGGGCAGGUUGGAGAGAGGAGGGGCUCAGGGUCUCCUGCUUGGAGAGAUGAUCCUCUCUCCUCCGCACUGCCCCACCACUCCAGGUGGAUCAGAGGGGAAGGCCCCUUAUCCUUGCCACCUUCCCCAUCUUCUUCCUCUGCCUCCUCCUUCAAGACUCCCUACCCAGCUGAUUCUAGAGAUAUUUGGUCCUACAUCAACAGUGGCCGGCGGGACAACAGUUCCUCUCUCUUCUCUCCAUCAUACUUGUUUAGCCAGCACUCUCUCUACCCUCAAGAUCCAAGCUAUACUGAAGCAAGACAUAGAUACCUGGGCAAGAGGCUCAACGGCCUAGAGGGGCCUGGCAGCAGGACUGCCUCAACCUCCAGGCCUCUGCUCUCAGGAGAAUAUGGGAACGAGAGCAGCAGAACCAGGCUGGACAUCGGUCCACACAGCUCCCAUACAAACGGUGGACGGAGACAGCAGGAGGAUCUAACACCCCGUGUCCAUACUGGAGGGCUAUAUUUGUCAGACUCUCUAGCUCAGGAGGGCCACGAGACACAUUCCUCACUGCAGGACAGACAUACACACGGGAUAGUUAAGACCAGCUUACUCUCCUCCAGUCAACAUCCCCUGGGACCAGUCCCCAGGGCAGGUAGAGGGGGACUACUGGACUCCCUAGGGGUAACACCAGCUGAGGCCCAGAUCUACUACUCCUUAGGAUCGGUGUGCCACCCCAGCCCUCAGGUCCAGCCCUACCCGCUCUACAGCCCCUCAGGAACCGCUCUGUACAACCUGCACAGGGAGCCAGGACCCAGGCAGCACAAUGUAAGGAACUCCCCUCACUCCCCCCUGGUUCUGCCUAACAGCCAUGACAGGUCACCAAGAGACCGGGACAGAGACCAAGAAAGAGACAGAGAAAAACUCCCACAAAGGGACAGGGAGCGAGGUAAAGACAAAGAAAAGCACCUUCAACAUGACAAAGACCAAGAAAGAGACACUGAGCGCGAGAGACAAAGGGAUAGAGAAAGAGACAGAGGGAGAGAGUUAUCUCCUUCUCAUUCUCACACCUCACCCCCGGCCCUUCACCCAUCUCCCCCUUCGCUCCUACCUCACUUCACCAAGGGUUCUCUGAUUGAGUUGGCCAGUGGUCGGUUGAAGCAAGUCGAGGAGCUGCGGACCGAAGACUUCCUGAGGAGCGCAGAUACCUCCCCUGAGUUUCACCUUAGCACCUGCACCGUGCUGCUGAUUUCCCCCAGCAGCGCACAGGGCUUCAGCCAUCUGCAGGUCCACCUCACAGACCGCAACACUCAGGAGCUGCUGAAGGUCUUGGUGGAGUAUCCGUUCUUUGUGCAGGACCGAGGCUGGUCUUCUUGCUGCCCGCAGAGAACCACACAGCUGUACGGCCUGCCCUGUCGCCAGCUCAUGGAGGGGGAUGUUUGCCUGGCUCUCACCCCUACCCCCAUCCCCACCCAAACCCACCGGACACGCACGCGUACUGGCUCCAGGGCCCAUCGCACGCAACUCCCCCCAAGGGCUGCAGGAGAACCCAGCAGCUUGCACAGGGAGGAGAUGCCACCUCCACCUCCUCCUCCCCCUCUUCCUCACCACCCACCUCCUGCUGCACCAACCCCUCAGAGGGUGCUGGCUGCGGAGCUCCCCGCUCAGGAGCAGCAACGUCCGAGAAAACGGCGCUGGUCUGCCCCGGAUACCCUACCCUCAACCGGCACUGAUGAAAGCCUCAUGGAUUUACCUCAUGGCUCCAAGCUAAUGAAGUGGCAGUAGAGACUUGGAAAUGCAUACGUAUAUAUGCAUACUUAAACAUACACAUAAGCACACACACACCCUCCUAGUCUCUGUUGCACCCACCAAGAAGACAAUGGAGAGACCUCAAGGUAGGGUUGCAGGGAAGGAUUACAAAAAAAGGAAAUAACACAAUUUACGGGUGUCCACUCUGCUGCCCAAAGUAUUAACCUCCUCCCUAGUCUGGUCCUUGUUGCACCCUCCUCUCCUCUCCUCUCCUCUCCUCUCCUCUCCUCUCCUCUCCUCUCUCCUCUCCUCUCCUCUCCUCUCCUUUCCUUUCCUCCCCUCAUCCUUACUUAGCACGGCCCUAAAAGGAGCAGCAGCAGAAGGAUCCCUAGAUAGCUCCUUACAGACACUGAAGACAUUUAGUGAGACAAUCAAGCACUUGUCUGUGUUCACUGUUUUUGUAAUGGUUGUCGCACAAACCUACUUAAGGACAGUGUGUUCUGCAGGGUAUUGAUUUUCAAUCAGUGUUAUCAAAGUAAACGCUAUUGAAGAACUGCAGAUAUAUAUGAACAAAGGUUGACUAUAUAUAUUACAUUGCAGAUGUUAAAUACAGUACAUAUGCUAAACAGAGUUAAUGCAAUCUCUUUGUCGAUUUCGCGAUGCAUUUUUGUUUCUUUAAUUGUCUUGCUUCUGAGCCGAUGUCUACAUGUCGGCUUAGGCAGGCAAGUUGAAUGUAUGAGCAACUUAUAGCCUUUUUUAUUCUCAUCACUGGGUGUCAUUAAAAACAAAUGAUUGUUCUUCAAGGCAUUACCCUCCAAUAUGUUCUUAACAUUAUCUCUGAGAAAGGGAGAACACUAAUGAAAAUUGCGUAACAGACAAUCCCACCCACACAGACAGGUCUGUGCCACAUCGCCUCGACACUCAUGGUGUUUUUCCAUUAAAAACUAUGAUGGAAGAGUAGGAAGUGCAGUAUGGCUUACGAGUAAUGGUGCUAGUAACAAGUUGGAACAUGAUGCUUUGUGAAUACUCUUGACCCCUGUGUAUUGUACGCUUCUGUUCCCAUUUCAUUUUUUUAUGUACUGUAUUUGUUUGAAGGCAGGGAAAAUGAUGAAAGUAUUUUAAACUCAGAUACGGGUAUCUCCUCUGAUUCAGCACACUCUUUCACUUUAGUUUUUGUGUUUUUUUUGUUGUUUUUUUUUCAAAAAAAAACUUUACCUGUGGAUUUUUCUUUUAAAAUGUUAUAGCUACAAAAAAUGUAUAUUUUUAAAAAUUGUGAAUCUGUUAAAUGAUGUCCGCUAGAAAUAAAGGAAAAAAAGCUUUAUAGA